CUCAGUUUCGUCCCGACACGCAGUCAGCUCACUUCGGCUGAGGCCUGUGCUUACGCGUUCUAUCAAAUCCACAGCUCAUUCUAAAUUUCUUUGUUCAAGUUUUUGUUAAUUCUAUUACGCACGACUCCCCCCCUUGUUUUCCGUUUUCAAUUGUUGAGUUCUCUUGUUAAUCGGUUCGUUUCAGUGAUUCAGCCGCUAUAUAUCUCGUGUAUAUAAUUCCAUCCCCGUGACCGCUUCCCACGAAUUUCUUUGUUACGAUACUGUGUUAAACUUGUUGAAAUCCUGAAUCGAUCGAACUUCUUUUCUAACUAAUUUAGGUUAUUUUUACUUUGAACUUUAUCUCGAGCACUAACGUCGUGCGCACAUCGAAUUAGUCUCUCAGCGGUCGGUCGCCUCCAGUAUCAUUUGAUCGGAUGCACCACUUCUAAUCCUGCCUGCAGUUGUAGCGAAUGGCAUUGAGGGUGUUAUUUGCCUGUGAUUACUUGAAGCGCAGGAAAGGGAUGCUUUUUGACUGAAGAUGGCUUCGCCAACUCCGUCUCUGGACUCUUUAACUGGAGCGACGAAUUCGAUUAGUUCCUUGAUCGACCAAACUGAUUACAACUCGCUGAGCGACUCUCCGAUUGUCUCCGAUUGCAGCGGUGGUAGCAACUGCAGCAGCGAGAACACAGGCCCAGUCAACCACAACCACAGCAGCCACAACGGGAUCAACGGCAUCAACGGCUUGAACGGUCUCAACGGUCACAACGGCCUCAACGGGCUGAGCAGCCACAAAUGCAGUCUGUGCAAUGAGCUUACGGGGAACCCGAAAGUCCUGCCCUGUUUCCAUACUCUGUGUCAAAAUUGCGUCGACUCGAGCCACUCGUCGGGCGAUAAGAUAGACUGCCUGCUGUGCGAGCAGGACGGCAAUAUCCUCUCAUCGCGGCUUCUGACGGUGGGCAUCAACGACCUCUGCGUCAACAACUACAUCGAGAACCUCAACUUCGAUAAGAUCAACUCGGACGACAUCGUCUACCCGACGACCCCGGUGGUCUUCUGCACGAGCUGCAAGACCAAGCCAGUCGACGCCGUCGCCCGGUGCUACGACUGCGACCACUACCUCUGCCCCAACUGCGUCAUGGCCCACCAGUUCAUGCACUGCUUCGAGGGUCACCGCGUCAUCAACCUGGAGAACGGCAACAGCAACGGCAAUAGCAACGGCAACGGCAACAACAUGGACCGCGACGCCAACAACAAGGACAUCUCGGAGCUCAACGGCUUCAAGAACGGCCUCAUCACCGGCGACAAAGUCGUCUUCUGCCCCCGACACAAGACUGAAGUGCUCAAGUAUUUCUGCCGAUCCUGCAACGUCCCCGUCUGCAAGGAGUGCACCCUCAUGGACCACCCGAGCGGGAUCCACGACUGCGAGCACCUCUCCGAGGCCGGGCCCAAGCAGCUCGAGUUCAUGUCCCAGUCCGUCCAGGAGGGCAAGACCAAGGCCAUCGACAUCCGCAACGUCAUGAAGAACCUCGAGCACUCCUCUGGCAAGCUCCAGGUCCAAUACCACAAGGCCCAGAACGAGAUCAACGACACUUUCCAAUUCUACAGGUCCAUGCUCGAGGAGAGGAAGCAGGAGCUCCUCAAGGAGCUCGAGUCGGUCUUCUCGGCCAAGCAGAUCUCCAUGUCGGUCCUCCAGCAGAAAGGACAGGAGACGAUCGAGAAGAUCCACCAGACGUGCGACUUCGUCGAGAGGCUCCUCAAGUUCGCCAGCACGCCCGAGUGUCUCAUGUUCAAGAAGUUGCUCGACUCCAAGUUGCAGUCGCUGAUGAACUACAACCCGGACGCCGGGCUCCAGGCCGCCUGCGAGCUUGAGUUCGUCUCCAACUACCAGGCCAUCCAGGUGGGCGUCCGCAACACUUUCGGCUACGUCCGCUCCAACAGCGAGGUCAACAUGGGGCCCAACAAGCAGCCGCCCAUCGCCAGACCCAGCAACGGCACCAUCCAGCUCAACGGCAACUCGGUCCUCGGCACCCUCAACGGAGGCUCCGUCAACGGGAUCCUGGAGAGACCCUACACCAACGGCCUAUCCUCGCCCACUCCCUCGCCCUACGAGUCGAACAUCAUAUCAAAACGCUUCAGCGCGGCCAACAGCCUCGGCCCAUUCUCGACCACCAUCACGGACCUCGCCGUGAACGGUGUGAAUCCCUACGAGAAGUGGUCCAACGGAAGCUCGGACAUCUUCCAAAGCACCAGUCCUGACUACACCCUCUCCUUGUCGGGCACCAACGGGGACUCCGUCCUCGACUUAACCUCCAAGCUCUUGUCCACCGGAGUCUUUCCGCCCAAAUCCCAGAUCAAGCGCCAAAAAAUGAUCUACCACUGCAAGUUCGGUGAAUUCGGGGUCCUCGAGGGGCAGUUCACGGAGCCAAGCGGAGUCGCUGUAAACGCACAAAAUGACAUCAUCGUAGCCGACACGAACAACCACCGCAUCCAGAUAUUCGAUAAGGAAGGGAGGUUCAAGUUCCAGUUCGGCGAGUGCGGUAAGCGCGAUGGUCAGCUCCUGUACCCGAACAGAGUGGCCGUCGUGAAAAAUUCUGGUGAUAUCAUUGUGACUGAGAGAUCGCCAACGCACCAAAUUCAAAUUUACAAUCAGUACGGGCAGUUCGUCCGGAAAUUCGGCGCCAAUAUUUUGCAGCAUCCUAGAGGGGUGACGGUUGAUAACAAAGGUAGAAUUGUCGUUGUUGAAUGCAAAGUUAUGCGUGUUAUCAUCUUUGAUCAAGCUGGUAAUGUUUUACAGAAAUUCGGAUGCUCAAAACAUCUCGAGUUCCCCAACGGGGUAGUUGUUAACGACAAGCAAGAAAUUUUCAUUAGUGACAACAGAGCUCAUUGUGUUAAAGUUUUUAAUUAUGACGGUGUAUUUUUGCGGCAGAUUGGUAGUGAAGGAGUUACUAACUAUCCGAUCGGUGUCGGAAUCAAUGCAGCAGGUGAAAUUUUAAUCGCUGACAAUCACAACAAUUUCAAUUUAACUAUUUUCACCCAAGAUGGACAGUUAGUCUCUGCCCUAGAAUCUAAAGUUAAACACGCACAAUGUUUUGAUGUUGCUCUUAUGGACGAUGGUUCAGUUGUUUUAGCCAGUAAAGAUUACCGUCUUUACAUUUAUCGUUAUGUCCAGUGUCCUCCAAUCAGUCUUUAAUUCAGUUUUUCGUCGUACAUAUCUUUGAAAAUUAGCUGCAGUUUUCAUGCAACAUUGAUAUGUUAUCUAAUUUUAUUCAGUUAACUGUAAUUUUGAUCUCUGGUUUUUUUCUUUCUUUAUUUAUUUACGUAUCUGUUUAUUUAUUGAUUUUUCCCCCUUUUUGUCAUGGUUUUUUCUAAAAUAUUUGUUAGAUCUGCCCAUUCGGUAAUGUUGAAGUUUUAAUGUAAUACUUUAGGAAUUAGUUACUCAUUUCAAAAAUCACCUUGAAGUAAAUCAAUUUUGAAAAAAUUUAAAUUGAAAAAGAAAAGUAA